AUGGAGGGAGAGCAGAGGAGACGACACCACUGCAACCCCCUGAGCCGGGCCGUCGCGCCCUCUGCUCCUGGCCGGGCCGGCCCGGGAUCCGGGGCCCCCGGCCCUGACCGACGGCCUCCACUCCGGCCUCCCGCUGCUCCUUGGGCCUCGUCCGUGUCCCUGCUGCUAUGGGGGCUCCUGUGGAGUCCAGGACCAUCCCUCCACCGGACAUCGGCCGCGCCCUUCACGGUGGGCGUGCUGGGGCCAUGGGAGUGCGAUCCUGUCCUGGCCACAGCCUUCCCUGGCGUGGCAGCCCAGCUGGCCCUGGACCGGGUCAGCCGGGACCUGUCCCCGAGGCAGGGCUUCCAGAUGACUUAUGAGGUUGUCCCUGAGGCCUGCCAGACGCCCCAGGCCCUGGCGGCCUUCGCCGCCCGCAGGAGCCAGGUGGCCGCGUUUGUGGGUCCGGCUGUGCCUGGUUACUGCAAGGCAGCGGCGCUGCUGGGGCAGACCUGGGGCGUGCCCCUCCUUUCCUGGGCCUGCGGGCUGGAGGACUCCACCCUGACCUCGGGCCUCGGGGCCCUGGUGCCAACCCUGCCCCCGGCCGGGACCGUCCUGCUGACCUUCAUGGGGCACUUCGGGUGGGCUCACGCUGCCGUCGUCUCCUCACACCAUGACAUGUGGGUGGACACAGGCCGCCAGCUGGCCGCCGCCUUCAGGACCCAGGGCAUCCCAGGGGUCUUGGAGGCCUCCCUGGGGCCCGAUGGGCAGGGAGUCAGCAAGACCGUGCAGCAGCUCAAAGGAGCAGACAGACUGAAAGUGGUGGUGCUGUGCAUGCACUCAGCGCUGGCUGCCGGCGGUGAAGACCAGGCCGCUUUCCUGACCGCAGCCCACGCGGCAGGACUGACGGACGGGAGGCUGGUCUUCGUGCCCUAUGAUGCCCUGCUCUACAGCCUCCCAUACCAGAACCGCUCCUUUCCUGCACUGCGGCGGGAUUCUCAGCUCCGGAGGGCGUACGACGCGGUGCUGACCGUCAGCCUGGAGUCCGGCGAAGAACCCUUCCACGAAGCACUUGCGGCCGCCCGGGCAAGGGGGGAAAUCACUGCCGAUCUGGACCCCGAGCAAGUCUCCCCGCUGUUUGGCACCAUCUAUGAUGCCGUUUACCUGCUGACCUAUGCCCUGUACCGCGCCACUCAGCCGAGAGUGCCCCUGACUGGGUCCGGCCUGGCCCAGCUCCUCGGCUCCCUGAACAUGGCCGGCUUCAGCCGCAGGAUCCGCACGGACGAGAAGGGAGUCGGCCGGGCUACCUAUGUGGUCCUGGACACAGAUGGCCGGGGCGAUCAGCUCUUCGCCACCCACGUGCUGGACCCGUCAGGCCCGUCUGUGCAGGCCUUGGGCAGAACUAUCCACUUUCCCAAAGGGGGCCCGCCUUCCCCAGACUCCAGAUGUUGGUUUCACCCGAACACUCUCUGCACCCAAGGUGUGAGGCCAUGGACCAUGGCCCUGGCCGUGGGGCUACUGGCCCUUCUGGGACUCUGCGGAUUGGCUGGUGGAUGCCUGGUCAGCUCCCUGGAGUCUAGGAUGGGGAGGCAAGGAAGGGGGCUGGAAGGAAUCCAAGCCCCCUUGCUGAGACGCUGCUCCUCUCCCAGACACUGCAUUCUGCGGGUCCGGCUGGCACGUGGGUCCGACAAGAUGGUGUUGACCCUGGACGAUCUCACAUUUAUCGACCCCAAACUGAGCCGAAGGGGGUUGAACCCGGAAAGCCUAAGUGAGACCAGAAGUGUCUCGGACGGGAAGAGCCUGAAGUCUAGAGAGUGGUCACUGUCCGGGAGGAGUGUCCAGGCUGGCCCGGAGAACCCUGAUACGGCGCUGUUCAGGGGAGACUGGGUGUGGCUGAAGAAACUGGAGCCCGGCUCUUCCCCGGAGCUCCACCCGGAGUCCACCAGCUUCCUGAGGGAGAUGCUGAAGCUGCGCCACGAGAACGUGAACCGAUGCCUGGGCUUCUUUUCGGGCUGCGGGGUCCCGGCCGUCGUGAUGGGGUUCGGCUCCCGCGGUAGCUUGGAGGAUCUGCUGCGGAAUCGCGACUUGCGGCUCGACUGGGCCUUCAAAGCGUCUCUCCUGCUGGAUCUCAUCCAGGGCAUCCGCUACCUCCAUCACCGCGGCUUCCCCCACGGACGCCUCAAGUCUCGGAACUGCGUGCUGGAUGGGCGCUUCGUGCUCAAGGUCACCGACUACGGGUUUGAUGCCUUCCUGGCGACUCAGAGAGCCCCCCGCCCCCAGCCCCCAUCGGAGGAGCUGCUAUGGACAGCGCCUGAGCUCCUGAGGGAUGCCCAGAAGACCGGGCAGGCCACCCUGAAGGGGGACGUGUACAGCUUCGCCAUCAUCGUGCAGGAAGUUUUGGUGCGGGGACCACCCUUCUGUGGCUCGGGGCUGUCAGCUGAAGAAAUCCUCCAGAAGGUGGAGGCUCCCCCUCCCCUGUGCCGGCCCCCGGUGCCCCCCGACCUCGGGCCCCCGGAUUGCAUCCAGCUGAUGCAGCGGUGUUGGGCGGAGACGCCUGAACAGAGACCCACCCUGGAUGAGAUCCUCAGCCAGUUUAAAAGCAUCCAGGGAGGGCGGAAGAUGAAGUCCGUGGAGUCGGUGCUGGGCGCGCUAGAGCGGUAUUCCGGCCAGCUGGAGGAUCUGGUGCGGGAACGCACAGAGGAGCUGGAGAGGGAGAAGCAGAAGACAGAAAAGCUUCUGGCCCAGAUGCUGCCCCAGUCUGUGGCGGACGCUCUGAAAGCCGGGGCGGCGGUCGAGCCCGAAUACUUUGAACACGUGACCAUCUACUUCAGCGACAUCGUGGGCUUCACCACCAUCUCAGCCCUCAGCGCGCCUAUCGAGGUGGUCAACCUGCUCAACGACCUCUACACGCUAUUUGACGCCGUCCUGGGCAGCCAUGAUGUCUACAAGGUGGAGACCAUCGGCGAUGCCUACAUGGUGGCCUCGGGGCUGCCCCAGCGCAACGGGGAGAGGCACGCAGCCGAGAUAGCCAACAUGGCACUGGACAUCCUCAGCUCCGUGGGAUCCUUCAGGAUGCGUCACAUGCCCGGAGUCCCCGUCCGCAUCCGGGCUGGCCUGCACUCCGGGCCCUGCGUGGCGGGCGUCGUGGGCCUUAUCAUGCCACGCUACUGCCUGUUUGGGGACACCGUGAACACCGCCUCCCGCAUGGAGUCCACGGGGCUACCUUACCGGAUCCACAUCAACCAGAGCACCGUGCGGACACUGCUCCGCCUGGGCGAGGGCUUCGAGAUUGCCGUCCGGGGCCAGACGGAACUCAAGGGCAAAGGAAUGGAGGAGACCUACUGGUUGGUGGGGAAGAAAGGCUUCCAGAAGCCACUGCCCCCUCCCCUGGACAUCAAACCGGGAGAGCCCUGGCAGGACCUGGUGAACAAGGAAAUCCGAUCCACCUUCCAGACUGCGAAGGGGAACCCCGGACGACCCCGGAGCCUCGAGGACACGGAGGCCAGGCCCUGAAGGCGGACCCCGCGGGGAUUCUUGGGGGUCCUCACUCUCCACGGGGAGGGGAGGGACUGGCACCAGUAGGCAGUCCCGUCCCUCCCCCAUUAAGUCUCCCUUCCUCCAGAGAUUCCAGGAGGGAGGAGCUGGUGGGGAGGGAGAGUCCGGUACCACACCAUCCAGCUAGAAGGUGAAG